AUGACUGAGAAACCUGUUGCCCCAAUCCCUCAGAGUGUCAAGAAGGAUUUGAGUAGACAGGGCAAGCCACUCCCUUUGCUCCAUGUGAAGCAGGACACAUCCCUUAAAUCAUGCUUGUCUCUGACCAGCUUUAAUAAACUGCUGCUGCUGGUAUCUCACCCUGAGCAUCCAUUGUUUUUGGUUCAUGACGAUAUUAUCAGCCCGAACAAGCAUGGGUUGUUAAAUGAUGAUGACGAAUCAAUUUUGUCGCAUACGCCUUCGCUUAUUACGGGUGCCGGCUCAUCCAACCUUGGGAAUACAGGAGUAAUAGGCCCCGUAUUAAGCCCUUCUCAAUCGCAUAACAGCCCAUCUUCCAUAUUAUCCAGUGCCCCCAAUUCACCCCCGUUAAUCCAAGCUCAUAAUCCCAAUACACAUCAAAUUCAGACCACUGUUUCUCCACCUCCUCAGCCUGUUCCACUUUCGAGGAUUUCAUCAUUGCGUUACGCGAAUGCUGGAGAUAAAAACUUGAUUGAAACUACAAAUAGACAAAGAGCAGGAUCUCCAAUAUCUUCAAAAUCCUCACCACAGCUUCCACCUAUCUCAGAUCCAAACAUUGUUUCGAAUACUGAUGCUGUGCCCAACAAUGACUUACAAAACGACAAAAAGCAUCUUAUGAUUGCUAUUACGGGCUGUAUAUCGAUCCAUAAAAAUAUCUUCCUAAUCAUUGAAAAGUUGUUUGAAUUGUAUACAAAGGAGAAAUUAGAAAUUCAAGUCAUUUUGACUAAAGCUGCUCAAUAUAUUCUUGGAGAAAAACUUUACAAGUUUGAAGAUUUAGGGGUCAAGGUCUGGUUCCAUGAUGAUGGGUUAAAAUAUUAUCUAACUAAUAAGGCUACUCUAUACAAGGCAUUUUCUCCACAACUGGCUCAACCGCACCCUAAAUUGACUCCUAAUUAUUUAUCCCAGUUUUUCCUUCCAUUUGAAUUACAAAAAUGGACUGAUGUAUUAUUAAUUGCACCACUUUCUGCAAAUUCUAUGGCCAAGUUAAUUAAUGGGCUAUCGGACAAUUUGCUUACUGAUAUGUUACACAUUUGGCCAGUCCCACUCAACCGUCAUCAAAUUGAGCCGCAAGCAGCAAAUACUAGCACUUCGACGGUCUUGACAAACAAUUUAUCUGCCCCGAAGUCUAUUAUUGCAGCUUUAGCACUCACAAAUUCGAUGUAUUCACACCCCAUUACGAAGAGGCAAUUGAGUUUAUUACAAGAGACAUACCCAAACAUGAUAAUUUUGAAACCUGUUGAAAAAUGUGUUGAUAUUGAUGGGAAUAUUGCAAUGGGAGGAAUGAGGUCUUGGAGAGAAGUUGUCAAUUUUGUGGUGCAGAAAUUGGGAGAACCGGAAGAAGAGGAUAAUGAUGAUGACGAUGAUGACGAUGAUGACGAGGAUGAAGAUGAAGAGGUUAAAGAUGGGGAAGAAGGAGAAGAUAGGAGCGAACAAAAAGAAACUACAAUUAGAGUAAAUGGGCAUGCGAAGCACCAAGAUGAACCUAGCACUGAGCACCAUCGCAUUAGACUGGAAACAGUGACUAAUAAAGAACUUAAGGAACACACAAAGAUUGCUACUAUUAAUGCAAUGUUGAAUACGGGUUUGGUACAUGGACCCACAUCGGAAGAGACCAAAAAGUAG